CGGCUGGUGUCAGAGCCCGGCGAGCGCUGGCAGUUCCGCGGCGGGGAUGCUGAAGAGCGGCUGGUCCGCGAGCAGCGCCGGCCACUGCGGACUUCCGACGCACUCCGGGCCGUGAAAAGCCCCCUACGCCGCGGCUAACCCCAGGCCUCCGAGGCCAUACACUGUUCCAGAAGCCAGACUAGGAGAAGAGUCCAGCACAGCAGCGGCGGAUCCCUCGGAUCUGGAACCCCGAGAGACACCCCGGAAUUCUCGGUCGGCCCUCCCCCCCCCCCCCCAGCGGCCCUCAGCCCCGGGCUUCUACGUGCACCGGUCCCAGGACCACCACCACCCUUUCCCGGGCACAAGCCCCCGCUGGAUCCUGGCGCACACCAUGAUCGUGGCGGACUCCGAGUGCCGCGCCGAGCUCAAGGGCUACCUGCCGUUCGCCCGGAGCGGUGUCGGCGGAGCGGGGACCGGAGAGGAAUCCAGGGAAGGCCGGGCUCGGCGAGGCCCUCGAGGGCCCAGCGCCUUCAUUCCUGUGCAGGAGGUCCUGCGGGAAGGGACUGAAAGCCUGGAGCAGCACCUGGGGCUGGAAGCCCUGAUGUCCUCAGGGCGUGUGGACAACCUGGCAGUGGUGAUGGGCCUGCACCCCGACUACCUGAGCAGCUUCUGGCGCCUACACUACCUGUUGCUGCAUACUGAUGGGCCCCUGGCCAGCUCUUGGCGUCACUACAUUGCCAUCAUGGCUGCCGCCCGACAUCAGUGCUCUUACCUGGUGGGCUCCCACAUGGCCGAGUUCCUUCAGACUGGCGGUGACCCGGAGUGGCUACUAGGCCUCCACCGGGCCCCUGAGAAGCUGCGGAAACUCAGUGAGAUCAACAAGUUACUGGCCCAUCGGCCGUGGCUCAUCACCAAGGAGCAUAUCCAGGCCUUGCUGAAGACGGGUGAGCACAGCUGGUCCCUGGCCGAACUUAUCCAAGCCCUGGUCCUGCUCACCCAUUGCCACUCACUGGCCUCCUUCGUGUUUGGCUGUGGUAUCCUUCCUGAGGGGGACCCAGAGGGCAGCCCUGCCCCACAAGCACCAUCGCCCCCCAGUGAGCAAGGCAGCCCCCCCAGUGGGGACCACAACUCUGGGGGCUUUGAGGCUGCCCGAGAUGUAGAGGCUCUGAUGGAACGCAUGAGGCAGCUGCAGGAGAGCCUGCUUCGGGAUGAGGGGGCCUCGCAGGAAGAGAUGGAGAAUCGCUUUGAGCUGGAGAAGUCUGAGAGCCUGCUGGUGACGCCCUCAGCUGACAUCCUGGAGCCCUCUCCACACCCAGACAUGCUGUGCUUUGUGGAAGACCCCACUUUUGGAUAUGAAGAUUUUACCCGCCGAGGGACUCAGGCACCCCCCACCUUCCGUGCCCAGGAUUAUACCUGGGAAGACCAUGGCUACUCGCUUAUCCAGCGGCUCUACCCCGAGGGGGGGCAGCUGCUGGAUGAGAAGUUCCAGGCUGCCUAUAACCUCACCUACCACACCAUGGCCAUGCACAGCGGCGUGGACACAUCCAUGCUCCGCAGGGCCAUCUGGAACUACAUCCACUGCGUCUUCGGGAUCAGAUAUGAUGACUAUGAUUACGGGGAAGUGAACCAGCUCCUGGAGCGAGACCUCAAAGUCUAUAUCAAGACAGUGGCCUGCUACCCAGAGAAGACCACCCAGAGGAUGUACAAUCUCUUCUGGAGGCACUUUCGACACUCAGAGAAGGUCCAUGUGAACUUGCUGCUCCUGGAGGCCCGGAUGCAAGCUGCCUUGCUCUAUGCCCUCCGCGCCAUCACUCGCUACAUGACCUGACUUCUUCCUACACAGGAUUGGCACCCAGAGCAGCUGGCCCUGGGGGGCACCAUCUUCCCUGCAAGGACUUCUCUGCCUGGAGACAGACCCAGGACCCUUUCUGUCCCAUGCCCACCUGCCCUGCGUGGGGGUGGGCUGUCUGACGUGCAGCUCCAAGCCACACCCUUGUUUUUCCCACUGGAAAGGACAGACCAUUGCACUGACUCUCAGAUCUCCGCUCUGGGAGCUUGAAGACUAGAAGAUCCCCAGGGGCUGUGUCCUUCCUUCUUCCCCAGAGGGUGUAGGAAAGGAAAUGGGCCGAGUUUAGACUUUCAUGCCAGCAGGCUGAGCCCCAGCCACCACAAGUGCUGUGGCCUUCCUGGACUGGCCAGCCCCUGGCUGGUCCCUGGGGGAGAGGGCCAAAGACCCCCCCAGAGACUUAACACUCCAGUUUUGCCUUCCUCCCCACCCAUUCUCAGAUUAUAUUACCUCUACCUGCCAUUCACCCAUCAAUGUGAAAGUCAGGGUCACAGCUGGCCUGUGUGCCCAGUUCCCCAAAAGCCUGUUCUGUUGGGCAGCUCUAAAGCCCCCUUCCCAUUCCCCAUCCCACCCCCUCUAAGUUCCUUGGUUGCCUGAAUCCUAUCUCAAUUCUUCUUGUUUUUUUUACUUUGUCCUUUUUUGCCUCCUUCUUCUAUGCCUGGUAGUGUGAGGCCCAGGAGAGGAGCCCAGGACACCCAGAGAGCAGACUCUCCAGAGAGACAAAGCCUCUGGUAUAGGCCUUCUGGGGAGGGGAGUGUUCCUGGAUAAAUUCUGUCUUCGGAUUCAUUAAGGGCCUCAUCCUUGGAGCCCCACUUGAUGCCUGGAAGGACAAGAGAGAGAUUCUAUCCCUAGGGGUGUUGCUGAAAAUGCUUGCCAAAAGGUGUGGAGUCCUUUUUAGGCAGCAGGGCCCACCCAGUAAUAGGUGGAUAUCAAGCUAAAGAUUCAGCCUGCCUUUCUUUCUUUCUUUCUUUCUUUCUUUCUUUCUUUCUUUCUUUCUUUCUUUCUUUCUUUCUUUCUUUCUUUCUUUCUUUCUUUCUUUCCCU